AUGGAAGAUUACUUUCAGGAGGCAGGGAGAGCGGGAAGAGAUGGUUUACCAUCAACAUGCAUUUUGAUAUAUACAUUUGAGGACAGAUUAAAAAUUCUUAAUUUUAUAACCAGGAUAGAAGAUCCCAAUCAAAGGUCUCUUCAAAGCAAACUUCUAGACAGUAUUGUGAAAUAUUGCAUGCUCAGUGACUGUCGAAGAGUUUUCAUGUUAACAUACUUUGGCGAGAACCCAGUUAAUCUUAAACCGUGUCGAAAUGGAUGUGAUAACUGUCAGAAUCCAAAACAGUCAGUUCCCAAAGAUUGCACAGAUAUAAGUAUUCAAGCCUUUGACUGCAUUACAUCGAUGAGCACCAGUAUUACAAAAAUAUCUUUAAAACAAGCUGCAUUUACUUUGAAGGGUUCAAAGAGUAAGGAUAUACUAAAAAAUAAUUUCCACCUGGUUCCGCAGUAUGGUCUUGGAAAAGCAAAACUGAAAUCUGAAAGACAAGCUAUUAGAUUCUUCCAGUUACUAGUUGUAGAUGGGUACUUAGAAGAAAAUUUGUGGGACCACAUGGAAAAUACAACAACGCCAUUUCUGACUUUGACAGGUAAAGCGUGCGAUGUUAAGAAUGGACUAGAAAUAGUAGUUUUAGAUUUAUGA